UCUUGGAUACAUCCAUUCUCUAUGGAUCCUACUGGCGUGAGAUGCGCAAACUGUUCGUAAGGGAGAUGCUAAGCAACAGGAACCUUGAGGCCUGUUAUAGCCUUCGGAGACACGAGGUCAGAAAGACAAUCAGAAAUGUGCAUACCAAUAUUGGUUACCCCGUUGACAUUGGUGAAUUGGCCUUUGUAACUGAAAUGAAUGUAGUCGUUAUAUAGUAUAUCUUUGGCAGCAAAUUUGUCGAGGAGAUGGAGAAGCAUAGUAAGGAUGGAACUGAAUUCAGGGAAUUGGUGAUGAAAUAUGGUCAAGUGAUGGGAAAGCCAAACAUAUCAGACUUCUUCCCUAUGCUUGCCAGGUUUGACUUACAAGGAAUACAGAAAGAAAUGGAGGCUCUUUUGAAGUUGUUUGAUAGUAUAUUGGACCCUGCCAUAAGUGAAUGCAUGAAGAUGCUUUCGGACCGAAGAUAGGGUGAAAUCCAGAGGAAUGAGAAGAAACAUCUUAUACAGAUCCUGUUAGAGCUAAUGGAGCAGAAAGACAUUGGUAUAUCACUGGACUUGGUGAAAAUUAAGGCCAUCUUGGUGGACAUUGUGAUUGGUGGGACUGACAUUACAAUCACGACAGUUGAGUGGGUAAUGUCUGAGCUUCUGAAUAAUCCAGAGAUAAUGUCAAAGGUGCAGCAGGAAUUGAAACAUGUUGUAGGGAUGAAUAACAUUGUUGAAGAAUCCCAUUUACCAAAUCUGCAUUAUCUUGAUGCAGUUUUAAAGGAGACGUUACGUUUACACCCUGCAUUACCACUGCUUCUCCCAAAGCGCCCGAGCCAAUGUGCAAUAGUAGGUGGAUACAAAAUACCUUAGGGAACUAAAGUAUUCUUGAGUCACUGUUUCGGU